AUGAUGGUAUUCCAAGGGCUGCUCAAGUCAUCCAGCCAAAACACAGCUGCUGGACGAUCCGCCCGCAGCUCGCCGCAGAGCGUGCUGCCAUCGCUCAGCGAACAUAUUAGCUCGUCGGAGCCGUCUCCUGUACGCGAAAUCCUAGAGCAAUCAUAUCCAUAUAUCCGCGAGGAAGCACACCUAAAACCCAUCGAACCCGAGAGUCCCGAUCUUCGAGAGCUAAAUAACAGCCUUGCCGCCCUUGUUGCCAUCUUCCCCGAUGUACAGAUCGAGGUCUUCCGCGAGAUGCUGUCAAGUUUUGAACAAGAAUCCAGACUAGCAGUAGUGACCGAGGCGCUUCUGAAGAACAAAAUGAAGUGGGUUGGUGGCCGGUAUCGAGUUGCGGGAAAGGAGACGGCGGUCCAAGGCGACAAGGACAAAUCUACCCCGACUACAUCGCAAGGUCAACUGUUGGAGGAAGAGAAGUUUAGGGCCCCCGAAUACAAGAAGGCCGUGAAGACUGCGAUGUACCACGAAUUCAAAGGGCUCUCUAGAUCGACGAUAAACGGUGUCCUGGCCGAACACAAUUACUCCUAUACGCUUGCGAGACCGACCCUCAUCGCGCUAUCCUCAAAGUCAUGGCGUUUCUCAAUAUCAUCGUUAUUCCUACGCAGGAAGGCUGCCUCAUCAAUAGAAGCUGAGCACCACCCUCUUGUGAUCUGGCAAUCGACAGGACAAGGCUCCAUUGUCCCCACCCAUAAGACUACGGGGUCGCCAGACUUGGACAGAGAGCUAUUCCAAUCACUCAUACUUCCCAUACAACGGCGGCUGCUGGCUGAGAGUGAGGCCAAGGAUCGUGCAUUAGCUGUCGAACUUAAUAACGUGGAGGCUGAAGACAACGAGGCCUUGCAUGACUGCGAAUGCUGCUUCACUGCUACAACUUUUGAAGAGCUUUCGGCAUGUGACGAUGGUGGCCAUUUCAUAUGUUUCCAAUGUGUCCGACAUGUUGUGAAAGAAGCUGUGUUUGGGCAGGGAUGGCAGCGGAAUAUCAAUGCUGACAAUGGCACGCUGCGAUGUGUGGCGGCCAUGUCUGGCGAUUGUCAAGGUUGCAUAUCACAAUCCCUCAUCCGCCGAGCAUUCAGCGAGGACAAAGGGGGGAACGACGUUGUCCGCAAGCUUGACGAACGCCUGGCCGAGGACAGUCUUCUCAAAACCCAGCUACCACUUAUCCGCUGCCCCUUCUGCUGCUAUGCCGAAGUCGACGAACUCUACCUUCCAGAAUCUCAGCGCUCUUGGCAUUUGAAGCGUACUGGCCCGCCUUUUAUUUAUACCUUUGUGAUUUUGCUCUUCGGCGUUGGCAUGAUACCCUUCCUUUUACCAGUGUUUCUAAUAUUCUCUUUUCUGUUCCUGCUCGUCUCCUCCCAGCAGACCUUCGGUGAUUUCGCUAUUCGUCAUUUCAACGAAUCCGUCACUCGCCUCCGUCGAAAAAAGCACGGUCUCAAAUUCGUCUGCCAAAAUCCGGCAUGCAGUCGAACGUCAUGCAUCUCAUGCUCCAAGGCAUGGACCGAUAUCCAUAUUUGCCACGAGUCGUCGCUGUUGGCUCUGCGGACCCAGGUCGAGCUUGCCAUGUCACUAGCCAUUAAACGCACCUGUCCUCGUUGCAACACGUCCUUCGUUAAGUCAUCCGGCUGCAACAAACUCACGUGCGUGUGUGGCUACCAGAUGUGCUACGUCUGUCGGAAGGACAUCGGGAAUGGAGAAGGCUACCGGCAUUUCUGUGAGCAUUUUCGACCUAAUGGGGGGCGAGGCUGCACCGAGUGCUCCAAAUGCGACCUCUACCGCUGCGAGGAUGACGAGGUGGUGGUUAAGAAGGCCAAGGAAGAAGCAGAGCGGCGAUGGUUGGAGAAAGAAGGCCGGGAUCUCGGGAAUGACGAAACUAUGAGAAAGGUCCUAAAGGAAAAAAGGGAAAGAGAAGGCGAUGCGCCGUGGUGGGAUAAUAAACUCUGGCAUUGGAACGCGCCUAAUUGGCAAAAUAUGUUCGAUGCCUUGGUUGGGAGUCUGGUUGAAUGA